AGAAGGUGUCAGUCAUAAUACAUCCAUGGUGUCAGUCCGGUUGUGCUCGGUUCUUUGCUGAUCCUCAUGUUCCGGCUGCUGCUCCGGAGGGUCGGGCCGCUCAGCGGCUCGGAGCUCCUGCUCUCCCCCGCCUGGACCCGCUCCUGCAGCGGCUUCGGCCCGCCGCUGCCCGCGGCUCAGGUCCGCGGUACCUUCCUGGACUUCUUCCGCCAGAAACAUGGACACCUGCUGGUUCCGUCCUCCCCGGUCCGGCCCAGAGGAGACCCCAGCCUGCUGUUCGUCAACGCCGGCAUGAACCAGUUUAAGCCGAUCUUCCUGGGAACGGCAGACCCCCGCAGCCAGAUGGCCUCGUACCGGCGGGUGGUCAACAGCCAGAAAUGCGUCCGAGCCGGCGGCAAACACAACGACCUGGACGACGUGGGCCGAGACGUGUACCACCACACCUUCUUUGAGAUGCUUGGAAACUGGUCCUUUGGAGACUAUUUCAAGGAGGAGGCGUGUCGGAUGGCAUGGAGCCUCCUCACUGAGCAUUAUGGGAUUCCUGCAGACAGACUCUACGUGUCUUACUUCGGAGGAGACGCUGCGUCGCGGUUACCAGCUGAUGAGGAGACGCAGCAGAUCUGGUUGGACCUCGGGGUCCCUCCCGCUCGUAUCCUGCCAUUUGGACUAAAGGACAACUUCUGGGAGAUGGGGGACACGGGGCCCUGCGGCCCCUGCACCGAGAUACACUAUGACCACCUGGGGGGCCGGGAUGCCGCCAGACUGGUCAACGCUGACAGUCCAGAUGUGGUGGAGAUCUGGAACCUGGUCUUCAUCCAGUACAACAGGGAGCUGGACCAGAGCCUGCGGCUGCUGCCCCAGUUCAGCGUGGACACUGGGAUGGGACUGGAGCGACUGGUGACAGUCCUGCAGGGGAAGCGGUCCAAUUACGACACAGACCUGUUCACGCCCCUGCUGGAUGCCAUGCACCAGAGGUCGGGGGUGGGGCCAUACGGCGGCCGGACGGGGCCAGCGGAUGUGGGGCAGGUGGAUCUGGCUUAUAGAGUCGUAGCGGACCACAUUCGGACUUUAUCGGUCUGCAUCGCUGAUGGGGUCCACCCAGGGAUGUCCGGAGCCGAGUUGGUGUUGAGGAGAAUCCUGCGGCGGGCUGUUCGGUUCUUCAUCGAGGUCCUGAAGGCUCCUCAGGGAGCGCUGGCCAGCCUGGUUCCCACCGUCACUCAUAUACUGGGCGACGUGUACCCGGAGCUGCACAGGGAGGCGGAUCGGAUCAUGGCUGUGAUCGAGGAGAACGAGGCUCAGUUCCUGUCGUCGCUGCAGCAGGGCGGCCGGCUGAUCCGGCGCACACUCAGCAAGAAGGACCACAAAGAUGGCGUCUUCCCUGCCUCGGUGGCCUGGUCUCUACACCGAGACCUGGGUUUUCCUCUGGACCUGGUGGACCUGAUGCUGGAAGAGAAGGGGGUCCGUGUGGAUCGGCAGGAGCUGGACCGCCUGGUCGCACAGAGCCAGCAGGUGGGAUCUGAGCUGCAGCUGGGUGGGCGGUCCCAGAUGAUGCUGGACAUCCUCAGUCUGGCAGAUCUGCAGCAUCGAGGGGUUCCUCACACCAACGAUGGUCUCAAAUACCAAUACAGGCUGGAGAAGGGCCGAUACGAGUUCCCAGCAUGCCGUGCGACAGUCCUAGCCCUGUAUGAUGGCAAGACUGUGGUGGACGAGGUGUCUGAGGGUCAGCGUUGUGGAGUUGUCCUGGACAAGACCUGCUUCUACUCCGAACAGGGAGGGCAGUCACAUGACCAGGGAUACUUCACCCGCCACGGCCUGCAGGAUGUGCUGUACCCUGUGGAGGGGGUGGUACGGGCGGGGGGGUACGUGGUCCAUCAGGUGACCGCAGCAGACACCCUGAAGACCGGAGACCAGGUCCAACUGCACCUGGACCAGGCCAACCGGUUGUCCUGUAUGGUGAAACACACAGCGACCCACAUCCUGAACUUUGCUCUGAGGAAGGUUCUGGGUCCGUCGGUCCACCAGAGAGGCUCUCACGUGUCAGCCGACCGUCUUCGUUUUGACUUCAGCAUCAAGGGUUCUCUCAGCGUCUCUCAGCUGCAGGAGGUGGAAAGGUGUGUUAAUGGAACCAUCUCAGCCAAUCAGGUGGUCCACAGCCUGGAGGUUCCUCUACAGAGAGCCAGGAGCAUCAGCGGACUAAGGAUGGUGGAUGAGGAUUAUCCGGACCCAGUUCGGGUGGUAUCGCUUCAGGUUCCGGUGUCCGAGCUGCUGGAUGGCGGGACAGACAGAGACACGUCUGUGGAGCUCUGCUGUGGAACCCACCUCUUGCAGACUGGUGCCAUCCGGGAUCUGGUGAUCAUCUCAGAGAAGCAGAUGGUGAAGGGAAUCAGCCGGAUUGUGGCUGUGACGGGACAGGAUGCUACCCAGGCUCGAGAAGCGGGACAGGCUCUGUCUCAAGAGGUGGACUCUCUGUCAGCCAGACUCUCCGCCCCCUCGAACCUUGACUCCGCCCAGCAUCUUUCCAAAGAGGCCAGCAUCCUCUCUGAUGCUGUGGACAACACACCCCUCCCCCAGUGGCAGCGCAGAGAGCUGCAGAACCACCUGAGGGCGCUGCUGAGGACCAGUAACACCAGCAUCAGGAAGAUGGAGUCCAGAGAAGCUGCAGACAAAGCUCAGGUUCUGCUGGAGAAGAAUGGCAGGAAGGAGCUGCUGGUGGACUCCGUGGAGACGGACUCGCUGUCGGUUCUGAUGAAGACUGUAAACCGGCUCAGCUCAGUCACUCCUGGCAGUUAUGUGAUGCUGCUGGCUCACCAGAGGCAUUCUGGGAAGGUUCUGUGUGCCUGUCAGGUUCCUAAGGACUCGCCCAGCCUUCCGGCCUCUGAAUGGGCGGUGGCCGUCUGUCACCAACUCGGGGGGAGCGCUGGCGGCUCUGUACUGGUUGCCAAGGGAACAGGAAGCAGCGAUGACAUCACUGAGGCUCUGAGGUUCGCCGAGGACUUUGCCGCUCAGAAAAUGACGUGACAGUGAUGUCACACUGCUGCCGGAGUCUAAGCCCCACCCCCAGAUCCUGCUGCCCCUGGACAGUUUGUGACUUUUAUAAAAGUGAACAUUUCUUUGUUUUAGAAGAAAUAAACUCAGAAUGGAGAUGUUUAUGGGUUUAUUUUGAUUAUUGUCAGCAUUUUAA